AAACACCAAACCCAUGUAUUGUACAUCAUCACAGCAUUUUUCACUCUUAUCCACCAUGAGGCGCUCGGCGUUGCGUCGGCCCGAGAGCUUGACGGACAAGUACCGCAUCCUGGGCAAGAUUGGCGAGGGUACGUAUGGUAUGGUGUUCAAGGCCGAGUCUCACUCUGCAGCUUUACUGCCGCGUCCUACUUCGGGCGGCUCGAACGCCGUCGAGGACGAGGAUCCCAUGACGUUCGCGAUUAAGCUGGUCAAGUCUCAUAAAGAGGGAAAGAACGACGUGGUGCUGUCCAGCGCCACCAUCCGCGAGAUUAAAUUGCUGCGUGAGAUGCACCACGAUAAUGUGGUGCACCUACAUGACGUGCACGUGGACCCGCGGGACAAGUCCCUGGCACUUGUGUUCGAGUACGGAGACCACGACCUGCACGACAUCAUCGUACAGAGCAAGCAGAAGCCGCUGGGCGAGUACACGCGCAAGUCGCUCAUGUACCAGAUCCUCAAAGGUGUGGACUACAUGCAUGACGCGUGGGUCAUGCAUCGAGAUAUGAAGCCACAGAACAUUUUGGUGGUGGGGCAUGGACGUAAGAGAGGACAAGUCAAGCUGGCAGAUUUGGGUCUGGCACGUAUCUACAAGGAGCCGAUCAAAGCUUUGUCGGAUGUGGAGCGCGUUGUGGUGACGUUGUGGUAUCGCGCGCCGGAGCUACUGUUAGGAGCAAAGCACUACACAAAGGCGGUGGAUUUAUGGGCAGUUGGCUGCAUUUUCGCCGAGCUGAUCAACACUCGCGAGCUGUUUUGUGGUAAGGAGGUGGAGGGAUCCAAUGCACCGUUCCAGAAGGACCAGCUUGAUAAGAUCUUUAAGGUGUUGGGCAUGCCGACGCCGCAGACGUGGGAGGGACUGGAGAAUCUGCCAGAAUACAACCACGUCGUACAGAUGGGGCGCGAACGCAAAUAUCCGACGCAGUCGGAGUUGAAAAACGCGGUCAAGGUCGGUCCAGGUCGUGCUGGAGCUGCAUUACUUGACCUGCUCUCGAGACUGCUGGAAUAUGACCCUGAAACUCGAAUCACAGCCAAGGAAGCGCUUGAACACGAGUAUUUCAAGGAGAUUGAGCCUGAACCUCGGGACUGGGCCUUCGACGAGCCUGGCAAGGAGCCUGUGUCCUUCCGUACGCAGACUGUGGAGCCUGUGGCGGAAGAAAAUCUCCCGUGGAAAAACAAGAAGGACGGCGCUGCUGGAGUCGACGCAAAGGUUGAAGGAGGCAGUCCUCACCGCGACAAUUCCGCCAAUCGCUCAUCGCAGCAUCACAACGACCAUCGUGGUCGUGAUGGAGCGUCACGCAGUCGUAGCCAUCAUAACUCACGAGACGCACAACAGCAACCUCAACGGCGAAGUGAUCGCAACAAUGCAGGCGACAACAAUGCACGAGAUAACAGGAACAGAGGGCAAGCUGGGGGAGGAAAUGCACAGGCUUGGAGAGACCGAAGUUCUGGUCGCACGGGGGGACCUGGUGGCCCCAACGCUGCAACGACUGGAGCCAAGCGACCAGGAGGUGGAGAGCGCCCCACGAGCGCUUCCAGCUCUGGCCGACCUCGUAGUCCAAAGCAACCAAGACGACGGUGAUAAAACGAAGGCCUAUUGAGCAAGCAGGUUGUGUAUCUUCAAGCCAAUUCACUAACACUCUCGGCAAUUACUUACGCUGAAUCUCUUCAGAGAGAUUUGUUCACUUACUUUUUGGGAGUUGUGUCGGCCAGCAAGCGCUCCAGGUCGAUGAGGCUUUCCACCAACAGUUCCUUGAGCUGAGGCAGGUCCUUGCGGUAGGACGAGAGCUGGAAAGCAGAGCCUUCUUUCUCAAUACCGUAGCCGAUACCGUAGCAAUCUUCGUUCACAGGACCGAAGCUGCCACCUUCAAGCGCCGGACUGGACAGAGUACUGGUAGACAGAAUGAUCUUGCUCAUAAUCUGAUGAGCUGGCAAGGUGUAGAAUACUGGCACGUCCAUCCCCUGUAGCUCAGCCAUGGCUCGCAGCGCAAAGAGGUGACGAUCAAAGCCCUGGCCCAUCACGCCGUUCUUGGUCAGUUCGCUGUGCUUUUUGACAGCCGCACGCAACGCAGCGACCUUCUCGUUGUCAGAUGCUGACGAGUUCGUCAUAGUUUGCACAAAAUUCACAGCCU